GCAAUAUGCCAUCCCUGCCUUACAAACAUUCCCUUCAGCGAGUGGCAUCUUAGUAAAAAUCCUGACAUUUAGCUCAUGAAGCGGGACGGUCGCCUGGGUGGUGGGGCGCCGGAUCAUCUGAGGUAUGACGUGGCUGGCUAACAAACCGCUCAGGAAGAAGAGGGGAUGGAGGGAGGAGGAAUGGAAGGUUCAAGAAAGAUCUGUGUGUAAGUUUCGUGAAUAUAAAAACAGGCUGAGUAAUCAAGUGGCAUUUUUAAGCUUCUGCCGGUGCUUGCUCGAUGAUGAAUGUGAGGUUUGUCCUCUAAAGGCCCGGCUGUUGGCAUGGCGAUGGACGGGACGAGUUCUUUGAAAGGUUUAAGAUUCAGGGAGAUCAAACGCACCUCUUCUAAUCUAGCAGUGACGACGCAAGUGGGUACCACAACUCAAGCGUGACAAGCAGGUGCCGGAUGGAUAGUGAGGGCCAAGAGGGAAGAGAAACACGACAGAAACUUUUGGCGAGGAUGUGCAGUAAGAGACGCAGUGGAUGGAGGAAAGAGGGCAGCGAGUGGCGGGCGGUCAGUCUGUCAGGAGCUUCGAGGUUGGGUACACGUACCGCGCGGCACCUCAUCCUGCUCUGUUAAACUUUACUUUUUCGACUAUUGCGCUGUAUCUCAGUGUAUUAUAACUAUCUAGCGUUGGUUUCCGUGUGGUGGACUAGUUUUUGUAAGUGCGCGGAUCAGGAACCAACGAAUUGUGAGCUGGGAAAUAAAGAAAACAUUAGAAAUAAGUGAUGAUGUAACUAGAGAGAUGAGUGAAUGGUUGUUGAGUCAGAGGCACCACAAGUGUUUGACUGCGCGCCGUCCUGUACUUCCAUGACUAGAGAAACAUGAGAGCGUUAGUUAAAGAUACGUGAACUUUUCCCUGAACAUUAACAUAGCGCCCCUGGUCAGCACGUCAGCAUCUCUGGUCAGCACUGAACGCCGUGAAUACUUGAAGACUAGCGAGGCAGAGAACAGCAGUUGAGAAGAGCGGGAGUUUGUCGAUCUCAGACCACAAGCCGUACACUUCACUAACCUGGGCAGAGAAUACCUGUCUGUGUCCACCUGCCUGCCUCCAAUUGUGUGCCUCCGCCUGAACCUGACCUCAUUGCGGGGCUUGCGGGGCAUCAACCUCGCGUGAACAGCGGCCAGCAGCAUGAGGCACAGGCAGCGGUGAUCAGGCCGGAGACUCCCUUUACAGCAGCAAUACUCAUCAGGAUUGCAAAGCCGAGUGGGGCGGCACACCUGAUUCCGCGCCACUCCUGAGCUCCUACAUACACACCUGUUCGGCCUCAGGGCAGCUGACUUGGUGCACCAUCAACUCGUCACUUAGAGACGAACCACCGAGGGACGCUAAGAGGUGAGCUGGGUCGCCGCCUGCACUCCUCUCCCAGCUCUCGGCGUCCCCCAUACAGUCACCGUGAUGGCCUGCUUGGUGCUGCUGCUGCUUCAGUUCGUCUUUCUACUCUCCAGGACAUCAUUCAGCGUUAGUGCUUCCUCUGGAGUCACCAAGAGCGGCCGGCCCGUUUCCCGCCUCACAGUCACGCCCCUGCACGCCCCCCAUGGUCUGGAUGCCAAGGCCGCAGCCGCCGCCGCCGCCGCCGCCCUGGAGGAGCAGCGCGUGGCGGCCGUACAGAACAACAGCCUGACGAACGUGACGGGGCAACUGGGAACCUCGGUCUUCCUGCCCUGCCGCACCACACACUCCAUGGAGCGACAGGUGUCGUGGGUGCGGCGGCGGGACUGGCACAUCCUCACCUCCGGCACGCUCACCUACACGCGGGAGGGAAGGUUCGCCGUGCACCACCCAGAGGGCAGCACCGAGUGGACGCUGGCCAUCAAGUACGUCACGCUGGAGGACGCCGGCACGUACGAGUGUCAGGUGUCCACGGGGGCGGGCCAGGCGUCGCACAUAGUGAGGCUGGAGGUGGUGUCUCCGCGCGCUGUGAUCCCGGGCCGCGGCACUCGUCACGUACAGGCGGGCUCCACCAUUUCCCUCACCUGCCUCAUAGAACAGAGUCCCGAGGCACCGCAGUACAUCUUCUGGUACCACGACUCCCGCAUGAUCAACUACGACAGGCGGCGCGGCGGCGUGGAAGUGCGUGUCCAGGCGGGGCCCAAGGUGGCCUCGCGCCUCAAGGUGAGCGGCGCCCGGCCCGAGGACUCCGGGAACUACACGUGCGCCGCCGCCAACACAGAGGCCGCCUCGGUCUUCGUGUACGUCACGGAGGCAGACAACAAGAUCGCCGCCGUGCAGCCUCGUGCCUUAGGGAACGGCGUCUCCUUGCAAGCCAGUCUUCCCCUGCUGGCGGCGCUGGUCCUACUGGCGCUGGCCUCUGUGCCGGCCGCGCGCUGAGCACCCCGCACCUCGCACGUCCCCGGCCUUCACGUCUUCCUCCGCCCCAAGCCACAGGUCCCGGCAGCCCUGAGCCGACCCGAGCAGCGCCCCGCCCCGCCAUGUCCUGCCCGGCACUGAAGGAGGCCAUCUGCUGACAUGCGACGCGACCCCCGGCCCUGCUGCGUCACGUGAAGCGGAAUCCUCAAGACAGGGUCAGCAGCCGCACCGACACAGCCACCCACACCCCGCGACUGCUGCGCGCCCAGGAGGACAGCGCUUCAAGGGCUGGGGUGGCAGAGAGAGAGAGAGAGAGAGACAGAGAGACAGUAAAGAAAAAGAAAGACAGACGGAGAAAAACCAGUAAGGCAUCGCUUGAUCGCUGGCGGCGGUGGUGGUAUACGAGAGCUUCUAGGCACGGCGCAAGACAAGGACAGAGAGGAGGAGGAGGCAGCGAGACGAGACAGUGCAGGGUGUGCUCCGGGUGUCUCAGUAGUGUUGUCGCACCGACCGUUACCUUCCGAUGGUGUUACGUGGACAUUAAAGGACAGUGCACGUGAAG